AUGACAGGAUUGAAAAAACGUACAAGAAAGGCCUUUGGAAUACGGAAGAAAGAAAAGGACACUGAUUCUACAGGUUCACCAGAUAGAGAUGGAAUUAAGAAAAGCAAUGGGGCACCAAAUGGAUUUUAUGCAGAAAUUGACUGGGAAAGAUAUAACUCACCUGAGCUGGAUGAAGAAGGCUACAGCAUCAGACCUGAGGAACCCGGCUCUACCAAAGGAAAGCACUUUUAUUCUUCGAGUGAAUCGGAAGAGGAAGAAGAAUCACACAAGAAAUUUAAUAUCAAAAUUAAACCAUUGCAAUCUAAAGACAUUCUUAAGAAUGCUGCAACUGUAGACGAACUGAAGGCAUCAGUAGGCAACAUCGCGCUUUCCCCAUCACCAGUGAGGAAAAGUCCGAGGCGCAGCCCGGGUGCAAUUAAAAGGAACUUAUCCAGUGAAGAAGUGGCAAGACCCAGGCGUUCCACACCAACUCCAGAACUUAUAAGUAAAAAACCUCCGGAUGACACUGUGGCCCUUGCUCCCCUCUUUGGCCCACCGUUAGAAUCAGCUUUUGAUGACCAGAAGACAGAAGUUCUUUUAGAUCAGCCUGAGAUAUGGGGUCCAGGACAACCAAUUAAUCCAAGCAUGGAGUCGCCAAAGUUAACAAGGCCUUUUCCCACUGGAACACCUCCACCACUGCCUCCAAAAAAUGUACCAGCCACCCCACCCCGAACAGGCUCCCCCUUAACAGUUGGACCAGGAAAUGACCAGUCAGCCACAGAGGUCAAAAUUGAAAAACUACCAUCAAUCAAUGACUUGGACAGCAUUUUUGGCCCAGUGCUGUCCCCCAAGUCUGUUGCUGUUAAUGCUGAAGAAAAGUGGGUCCAUUUUUCUGAUACGUCCCCGGAACAUGUUACUCCGGAGUUGACUCCAAGGGAAAAGGUGGUGUCCCCACCAGCUGCAUCAGACAACACAGCUGAGUCCCCAGCUCCAGGUCUUCCUGGCCCUCUGGCCCCUUCGGGCCCCCCAGGGCCUCCAGGGCCUCCUCGCAAUGUACCAUCUCCGCUCAAUUUAGAAGAAGUCCAGAAGAAAGUCGCUGAGCAGAACUUCAUUAAAGAUGAUUACUUAGAAACAAUCUCAUCUCCUAAAGAUUUUGGGUUGGGACAGAGAGCAACUCCACCUCCCCCACCACCACCCACCUACAGGACUGUGGUUUCGUCCCCUGGACCUGGCUCAGGCAGUGGUACGGGGACCACCAGUGGUGCAUCAUCCCCUGCUCGACCAGCCACUCCUUUGGUUCCUCGCCGCAGUACUACUCCACCUCCACCUCCUCCCAGGCCUCCAUCCCGGCCAAAGCUACCACCAGGAAAGCCUGGAGUCGGAGAUGUGUCCAGACCUUUUAGCCCUCCCAUACAUUCUUCCAGCCCUCCUCCGAUAGCACCCUUAGCCCGGGCUGAAAGCACUUCUUCAAUAUCGUCAACCAAUUCCUUGAGUGCAGCUACCACUCCCACAGUUGUGUCAGAAGAUGAUGUUUUUUAUGACAAACUGCCCUCGUUUGAAAGGCGCUGUGAAACGCCUGCAGAGAAUGAACAGCCUUCCCUCGUUUGGUUUGACAGAGGAAAGUUUUAUUUGACUUUUGAAGGUUCUUCUAGGGGACCCAGCCCCCUAACCAUGGGAGCCCAGGACACCCUCCCUGUUGCAGCAGCAUUUACAGAAACAGUCAAUGCCUACUUCAAAGGAGCAGAUCCAAGCAAAUGUAUUGUUAAGAUUACUGGAGAAAUGGUGCUGUCCUUUCCUGCUGGCAUCACCAGACACUUUGCCAACAACCCAUCCCCAGCUGCUCUGACUUUUCGGGUGAUAAAUUUCAGCAGGUUAGAACACGUCCUGCCAAAUCCCCAACUUCUCUGCUGUGAUAAUACACAAAGUGAUGCCAAUACCAAGGAAUUCUGGGUAAACAUGCCAAAUUUGAUGACUCACCUAAAGAAAGUGUCUGAACAAAAACCCCAGGCUACGUAUUAUAAUGUGGACAUGCUCAAAUACCAGGUGUCUGCCCAGGGCAUUCAGUCCACACCUCUGAACCUGGCAGUGAAUUGGCGAUGUGAGCCUGCGAGCACUGACCUGCGCAUAGAUUACAAAUACAAUACUGAUGCAAUGACAACCGCUGUGGCCCUCAACAAUGUGCAGUUCCUGGUCCCCAUAGAUGGGGGCGUAACCAAGCUCCAGGCUGUGCUGCCACCAGCAGUCUGGAAUGCUGAACAACAAAGAAUAUUGUGGAAGAUUCCUGAUAUCUCUCAGAAGUCAGAAAAUGGAGGAGUGGGUUCUUUAUUGGCAAGAUUUCAGUUAUCUGAAGGCCCAAGCAAACCUUCCCCGUUGGUUGUGCAGUUCACAAGUGAAGGAAGCACUCUUUCUGGCUGUGACAUUGAACUUGUUGGAGCAGGGUAUCGAUUUUCACUCAUCAAGAAAAGGUUUGCUGCAGGAAAGUACUUGGCAGAUAACUAA